AUGGACAGGGGUCCUGAGAAGACUCUGACAAGGCCACUUACAGAUGUCCUAAAAUCUUCAAACUCCUUCGCCAUGCUGGAAAACGAGUGCUACGACAUGGUCACCUCCACACUCAACAAUCAGGUCAUCUCCACACUACACAAUCAGGUCACCUCCACACUCAACAAUCAGGUCAUCUCCACACUACACAAUCAGGUCACCUCCACACUUCACAAUCAGGUCAUCUCCACACUACACAAUCAGGUCAUCUCCACACUACACAAUCAGGUCACCUCCACACUCAACAAUCAGGUCAUCUCCACACUCAACAAUCAGGUCACCUCCACACUCAACAAUCAGGUCAUCUCCACACUACACAAUCAGGUCACCUCCACACUCAACAAUCAGGUCAUCUCCACACUACACAAUCAGGUCACCUCCACACUUCACAAUCAGGUCAUCUCCACACUACACAAUCAGGUCACCUCCACACUUCACAAUCAGGUCAUCUCCACACUACACAAUCAGGUCAUCUCCACACUACACAAUCAGGUCACCUCCACACUCAACAAUCAGGUCACCUCCACACUCAACAAUCAGGUCAUCUCCACACUCAACAAUCAGGUCAUCUCCACACUCAACAAUCAGGUCAUCUCCACACUCAACAAUCAGACCAUCUCCACACUCAACAAUCAGGUCACCUCCACACUCAACAAUCAGGUCAUCUCCACACUCAACAAUCAGGUCAUCUCCACACUACACAAUCAGGUCAUCUCCACACUUCACAAUCAGGUCACCUCCACACUCAACAAUCAGGUCACCUCCACACUCAACAAUCAGGUCAUCUCCACACUCCACAAUCAGGUCACCUCCACACUACACAAUCAGGUCAUCUCCACACUCAACAAUCAGGUCACCUCCACACUCAACAAUCAGGUCAUCUCCACACUCAACAAUCAGGUCAUCUCCACACUCAACAAUCAGGUCAUCUCCACACUUCACAAUCAGGUCACCUCCACACUCAACAAUCAGGUCACCUCCACACUCAACAAUCAGGUCACCUCCACACUCAACAAUCAGGUCACCUCCACACUCAACAAUCAGGUCACCUCCACACUCAACAAUCAGGUCACCUCCACACUCAACAAUCAGGUCAUCUCCACACUCAACAACCAGGUCACCUCCACACUCCACAAUUAG